UGCUGCGCUGUUCCUGACGCACUUUAUUUUACGGCAGCUAGUAAAAGUCAUGGCGAAAACAAAGCAAAGAAAGGCGAAGCGGCUGGCCCUGCACAAUCGCAAGACGGGGAAAGACGGGGAGAAACCGACGAAGAGAGAAACGGGGGUCCCCAAUAUCCGACACUUCAAGGAGUGCGCCCAGAGGCAGGCGGAGCUGAGGAAGAAGAGGGUCGAGGAGAUGCAGGAGAAGCAGAGAGCCUCGCGCGAGAGGGAGGUGAUGAAACGGCGCAGUCUGGAGAGCUUCCAAAAAGACGCACAGAAACGCCAGCGGGAAUUCGAGCACAAGGAGACAGAGCUGAGAAGUUUGGAAAAGAAUGUCAACUUUGAAAACGAAACCUCCAGGAAAGCUUACUACAAGGAGUUUAAAAAGGUGGUGGAGUCUGCGGACGUAAUCUUGGAGGUGCUUGAUGCCCGGGACCCGCUGGGCUGCCGCUGCCCACAAGUGGAGCAGGCAGUGGUGCAGAGUGGGACCAGUAAGAGAAUCGUACUGGUGCUGAACAAGAUAGAUCUGGUCUCCAAAGACAUUGUUGAGAAGUGGUUGAAGUACCUUCGUAACGAAUUCCCCACCGUGGCGUUCAAAGCUUCGACGCAGCAGCAGAGCAGAAACCUGCAACGCAGUCGUGUGCCGGUGUCUCAGGCCAGCGCAGAGCUGCUGGAGAGCAGCGCCUGCGUGGGAGCCGAGUGUCUGAUGAAGCUGCUGGGCAACUACUGCAGGAAUCUGGACAUCAAGACUGCCAUCACUGUGGGGGUAGUGGGUUUCCCCAACGUGGGAAAGAGCAGUUUGAUAAACAGCCUGAAGAGGGCGCGGGCGUGCAACGUCGGAGCUACGCCGGGAGUCACCAAGUGUCUGCAGCAGGUCCACCUGGACAAGCACAUCAAGCUGCUGGACUGCCCGGGCAUCGUCAUGGCAACCUCCAGCUCAGACGCGGCGCUCAUCCUGAGGAACUGUGUGAAGAUCGAGCAGCUGCUUGACCCCGUGACCCCUGUGGAGGCCAUCUUGAAAAGAUGCAACAAACAGCAGAUCAUGCAGCACUAUGGGGUCUCUGAUUUCCGCACAGCGCUUGAGUUCCUGGCUCUCCUAGCGCGCCGACAGGGACGGUUGAAGAAGGGGGGGGUCCCCGACCACGACAAGGCAGCCAAGAGCGUGCUGCUGGACUGGACUGGGGGCAGGAUCAGCUAUUUCACGCACCCCCCUGAGACUCACAGCCUCUCUACCCACGUGAGCGCGGAGAUCGUCACGGAGAUGGGCAAGGCCUUCGAUCUGGAGCAGCUGGAGCAGGACACCCAGGAAGUACUCGCAGAGUUCACGUCUCCCGUCGCUUCGAACGGAAUCUUAAUGGAGUCCGCGGGACUGACCAGCGGAGGAGCUGGGGAGCAACCUACAGAACAGGAACUGGAGGGGGCGUCGCAAGAAGAGGAGGAGCUACAGGACACAGGAGAAGAGGAGGAGCUGCAAGCAAUGGAGAAAGAUAAAGAUCUGGAGUUUGGUCAGAUGACGGUGCAGAUCAAGGAAGGCCGGUCCCAGAGGCAGAAGGAUCCCGAGGGCGCAGCCAAACUCCCCAAUCUGCGGGACAUUCUGGGCAUUGACCCCCUGCAGCAGGGUCAAGCUCUGCGGGCCGCUGGCAAGAAACGCAAGAAGCAGCAGAAGAGAGCAGAUAAAAUUGCAACAAAGCUUUCUGACACUCUGACCUCGGCAAUGAAUUUCGAAUUCUCUGACUGAUCGCCUCCAGUGUUUUGGUUUUUUUUUGUGGGCGGAAAUAAUUUAACAUGCCAGGAUGGAAGUGAGACUCCCGUUGCAGAACAGGUUUGAUCCAUUCCUGGUUUUACAAGGAGUUUAAUAAAAAAAGAGCUUGUUACCUACCUAAAUCUGAGCUGGUAGUAAAACCUGGACUGGAUGACACUGCCGAGAAUAGGAGUCUGAUUUCCUUCCUGGUAAUACUCACGUUUGUGAAUGGACUGCCAGAAAGCAACAGCUAGUCGAUGUAUAACAAGGAGUGCUUUUCCAGUUGGAUGUUUUACUUUCUCUUGUGAAACGUGUCUGUUGUAAUUAAAGAUACUGUUUUCUCCUUA